CCAGUUGUAGUGAAACUUUACCUUUUAAGGUUUGAUCGCAAACUUGACCCCGCUGUACGGACAAGUCUUGCUUCUUCACAUGGUCUUCUCCAAGUCUUUCAAAUUCCAAUUUCAAAGCUGAGGACGACGACAAGGAAACCAUACAAAGAAGCUCAAGCUCAAGAUGGGCUUUGUGGGUCUCGUUCAAUUUUCCCUUCAAUGCUUUGAUGUUCUUGCAUGGCCUCUACUUUCUCUAGUGUAUCCUCUGUAAGCCUCUCUUCCCCCACACACAUUUUUAUUUUGAUUUGAAGAAACUCUGUUUUCAUCCUUGUAGAGUCCACUUUAGCAUCUUUCACUUUGCUCUUGUGCAUAAUCUUGAAUCUGGAUGUUGUUCCAUUAGGGCGAUUGAGGCCAAUUCUGUUUCAGAUUCUCAGAAGUUGAAUACUUAUUGGGUUGUCUUCUCAUUGAUUCUGCUAUUUGAACAUGCAUUUAUGAAGCUCCUAAAAUGGCUCCCACUGUGGCCAUACUUUAGGCUAAUCAUUGUCUUCUGGUUGGUGAUACCUCAUUUCGGUGGUGCAUUUUAUGUCUAUAAACACCUUAUCUGUCCAUGCCUCUCCACGGACCUCCAAAUUGUUGUCAACUGGUUCAACAAGCGAAAGAAAUCCUCGUUUAACAGCGACAAUGUUUUUACCGAGGUGGAGAGAUAUGCACAGGAGAAAGAACCUGAGGCUCUAGAAAAAGUUGUUGCUUCCAAAUCUGAGAGAACAAAGUCAAAUCCCAAUGCGAAAGAGUUCAAAGCAGUUUCAUCUCUGGAGAAAAAAGAGGUUAGUCAGGCAGAGCCUAAUCUCACUGGAACUGAAAACAGCAGAUUUCCCAGUAUGGAUAUUAAAGAAAAGGCCGUUGGGAUUGCAUCAGAAAGAGGAAUUUUGAACAUUCCACCUUCAGAGAAGGUUCAGGAGUGGACAAGUGCAGUCAGUCAGGUAACGACCCAAAGUGAUACAACUUUUAACUCCUACCCGGACGGUAAAAUACACGAGGCUGUAUAUGAGAAACUGAAAAUAGAGAACAAAGCUGAAGCUAAGCUCACUCAGAUGAAAAAUGGUACAUUUGCGACCAUGGAGACUCAAGAAAAAGUUGUUGAGGUUGUUACAAGUAGAGAAGUUAUUGAGUCUGCCCUACAAGUCCAGAAAGAGUGGACUUGUGCUCUCUGUCAGCUAACAACUCAAAGUGAAGCAACUUUGAACUCCCACCUCCAAGGCAGAAAACACAAGGCAGCAUGUGUGGCACUGAAAGCAAAGAGCCAGCCAUUUGCGCCAAAAAUUGCCCCGGCUUCAACUGCAAAGGAAUCUAAUCAACCUAACAAGGAGCAAGGAAAGAAGACAACGAGCAGUGCAUCAAAACAAAAAGUUAUUCUAGAUGAAAAGGUGCAAAGCCAGAAAAAUAGCAUUCCAACUUCAAGGACAAAGACUUCUGAUAAAUCUAGAAAGGAGCCAGCAGAAGGUGCAUCCAUCAAUGGAGGCCAACAACGAAAUCGGAAUGAGGUUCCAAGCAAGAAGGAUUAUCGUAUUUGGUGCAAAAUUUGUAAUGUGCACUGCCCUGGUGAGAUUGACUUGGCAUCUCAUAUCAGUGGAAGGAAGCAUGAGGAAAAUGUGCUACAACAACAACAGAAGGCAAAUAGUGUUCCAAGAAUGAAUGGUCCCCCUCUGUGGUGCAAGAUUUGUAAUGUGGGCUGCUAUACUGAGUUGGACAUGGUAUCUCAUCGUAAUGGAAGGAGGCACUUGGAUCUUGAAUCGACUGGAAUGUAGGGGUUGUGGACAGAUAAUGUUGGUUCCUGGCAUUACUCAUAAAGAUACUGUAGGGAGAAAAAAAACAAUCAUGCUCAUGUAUUUUCUAAUUGUUUUCUCCUUUGUAGGAAACUUAGGAGAUGGCCCUAUUUGCAUUUAGAGGUAGCUGGAUUUUACUACUGUCUUGUCAAGCCAGUGAAAAUUCAAAUAAACUAGUUGUGAACGUGUGGCCACAACAAGUUGUGAAUUUCGAAGAAUAGGGUUGACAGUGACACAAACACGAUCUCUUCUGACUUGUUAAAGUACUUCAUCAUAAACAUUUUGUUGAAAUUCUUUACACCAUGAUGUCGGAUUGUGGAAAAAAGUAUAGAAUCAAAUCCUUAUUAGGCCUCUAUUUCAA